AUGAAAAACAAUAUUUCGUUUCCACUUCACUGGCUGAAUCUCUCCUUCAGCACAGCCUCGUUGGCUUCAAAAGUUUCCUUCGCGCUUGCCUCAACCAGUGCGACGAUCAUAGGCACUCCCGACAAGUUCACUGGAAUGAUUCCCGGCGCCGAAUUUAAAACCGCUGCUAUUGAGCUUGUCGCCGCCAAUCCAACAUGGACCAUAGAUGAGUUAGAGCAGGCGGAAGGCAUUCUAUUCGAUGCGCCUGAAGAGUAUUUGAGCGAUUACGCACAGGGAGGAUUUCACCCUGUUCAACUUGGAGAUCGACUGGAAUAUGGCAGGUAUAUCGUUUUCCACAAGCUUGGGCAUGGUGGAUUCUCGACCGUCUGGCUCGGCCACGAUGGGAAGUUGGGUCGCAACGUUGCCAUCAAGAUAUUGAAGGCUGAUGUAGCUGGAUGGACCAACGAUGGAUACAAUUUUGGCCCCUCAGUGUUUGGCACACCUAUCACAUUCAAAAUGACACCUUCCGCCACGAUGGUCCAAAUGGCUCUCACUUGUGCUUCGUCAGCACCCCAGUCCGCACAAUGGUCGCUCAAAGUCAAGCUGAGUGCCAACGCAGUCGAUUAUUUCCACUUGAGACAGCGCGGGCCAUCGUGGCACAAGUCAUUCAAGGACUAG